CUAUAUUAAUUUAAAUAAAGCACAACAACAAUUCCUUAAGUUGAAUUGCCCGUCGGGGAGCACAAACAUGGAUGGACGAAAACUGCUGCAACCUGUCAGGGCAACCAAUCCUAUUGUCUUCAUGGACAUUGACAUUGGCCUGGAAGAUGCGGGACGCAUGGUAAUUGAGCUGCGCAAGGAUGUUGUGCCAAAGACAGCGGAAAAUUUCCGCGCUCUGUGUACGGGCGAGUGCGGCAUCGGGCAGCUGGGACAGCCUUUGCACUACAAGGGGAAUCGCUUUCACAGAAUUAAACGGGUGUUCGCUGCGCAAAGCGGGGAUGUGGUGAAGAACGAUGGCACCAGCGGCGAGAGCAUCUAUGGGCCCGUAUUCGAGGACGAAAACUUUCAGCUGACGCACAACGAGGAGGGGGUGGUGAGCAUGGCCAACUAUGGCUCCCCAAACACCAACAACUCACAGUUCUUCGUGACGGCCGUGGGAUGCGAGAAUCUAAACGGUAUCAAUGUAGUUGUGGGUCGCGUUCUGCGCGGUCUGGGCAUUGUAGCCGAAAUGGAACUGAAUUGCAACAAUGAGGGAGACCCCACGACGGAGAUUGUGAUAAGGAACUGCGGUGAGCUGGAUCCAGGAGAAGCCUGGGGCAUCGAGUGCAGCGACGAGACCCCGGACAAGCUCCCGCCCUACCCAAUGGACUGGACGGGCAAGCUUGAUAAGUGCACAUCGGAUGAAGCGGUGGAUCUGCUUACGGGCGUUCGCCAAUCGGGAAAUCACUUCUAUAAGCUGGGUCGUUACCACGAAGCUCGUGCCAAAUACCGCAAGGCAAAUCGUUACUAUCACUAUCUGAGCAACCAGUUCGGCUGGCAGCCACUGAGAAACCUUAAAAAGACCUCCUCUGACGAUGCGAGUAUGAGGAAGCUUGAAGCGUUCUUCACUGUUAACAGCAUAAACUCGGCCGCUGUUGAUCUUAAGUUGGGAAACUAUACGAGUGCCAAAUACGAUUGCUCCGAGGCCAUUCGAUUGGAUCCCCGAUGCAGCAAAGCCUUCUACAGGCGGGGCCAGGCACAUCGCGCCUUGCGCAACUACGAGGAGGCCAUCAACGAUCUUAAGAGUGCCCACGCUCUCCUUCCGGAAAACAAGCAGAUCCUAAAUGAACUGAAUGCCACCAAGCAGCUCCUGGCUGAGUACAACCGACAGCAGCGAAAAGCGCUAAAAAAUCUAUUUGCAUAGUUUCGGGAAUGUGUGUUUUUGUUGAUGGCGCGGCGCUCUUGUGUGUAAAUGUAAAUACUUAUUAAUAAAUCUUUUUGAGUUACGAGUAACAAAAGUCAGUGGACUUCCACAAACAAA